GCGGAAGCAUCGUCGGCGCUGCGCGAUUUCAAAUACAACCUCCUGGUGACCCUGCAAGACCCAGCACGAGGCCUGGAGGUGCGCACUCUGAACAUGAUCUUCGACGAGUCUUCAAUCUAUGGCCAGCGAAAUGCGUGUCAUGAGUGCUGGUUGGUCACCAGCACACAGGCCAGCACCUUGACCCGGAAAACGAUUUUCAAAAGGCUUGUGAUCGACAAAGUUCCGAUGCUGCCUCGGGCGGUGGAGAUGGUGAAAGUUGAGGUCGGUCGCAAAGUUUGUGCCGAUACGGAUCGGCUGUCCUGGGCCCAGGAGAUGAGACAGCACCUUGCCGGGACCGGGCUCAUCAAGCGGGUCUUGACUGCGUUGGAAGUGCACAAAAUGCACUCGGUGAUUGUGGACCUGUUCGCGCACGACGGCUGGAUCGCACUUGCAGUCUUGCAGCUGCAAUUGGAAAACUCGAAGAGUGUUUGUGCCAUGGUUGCGCACACGGAUGUGGAGCUCAAGUUCUGCAAGGACGUGAUUCUGCACGCCUUGUUCAGCAAGGCAAAGUCCAAGCAAAUGACGAUCAAUGGGUUUCCGGACUUUGCCGCGGCCAUGGCGGAUCUUUCAAAGGUGCACACGACCGAAGCCCGGUCGGAGUAUGAUUACCAGGUGACCGUGCCGGUGGGCGGUUCCCUCAUCGUCCUCCAGGCGCUGAAGAACAAGUUCGAGGCAUCCCAGGUGGUGUCCGAGGAGUUCACAAAGCUCCUGGAGAAGCACGACCAUGAUUUCAAUCGAGAUCAUAAGACGGCCGGUGGGCCUGCGGCUGGGGAUACUGAGGUGAAGCGACUCCGACAGAGCCCCAAGAAGUUGCACAAGGCCUUUGAUGAUUUCACGGCUUUCCGUGCGAAUCACCACACGCUGAUUGAGUGUGGCAUGACAGAUUUCACUAUGCUGUAUGAUAUGGAAGAGGCGAGCCUCUGGAUCAACAGCGACCGGAUUACUAACAUCCCAUCGAAUAUGGAAUUCUUUGGGUUCGGGUCUGGAGAUUUCGCGGACGGUGCCACAGCCAACGAUGUUCUUUCGGAUCCAAAUGGGCGGUGGUUCCGCUACUGCCUGACCGGCUCCAUCAAGGACAUCCAGGUCAUAGUGGAGUGUGACCGAAAGUUGCCGGAAGAAGUAAAAGAUCUGGCGAUUUGGAACAAGGUCGCGAGCCUGCACCACUUCCUGGUGGCUUUGGAAGAUGCUGGGGAGCUCGUGACGAUCAUGAGCCACACGAAAAGCCAGGAGAACGAUGAGCUGACAUGUGACGAGAAGAUUGUAUUCGUCAUGGAUGCAUUGAAAAGCGGCGCAAAGAAGCGCAAAAUUUCGAAGGCCGGUUGUUUGGUGCUUUGUCCCGGUGCGGAUGUUUGCCAAACAUGUGUCUGUGUGUGCUUGUUUGUGUGCUCUGGUUUUGAGGCCCGCCCGCUUUCUUUCGGUGCACACAUGGAUCCGGCCAAAAUCCGUGCUCUUCGCCCUCCAUUCCAUGUGACAUGGCGUAUGAGGCCGGUGUACAUCCGCCCUCCAUGUGAUAACAAAUGUACGAGCUGUGCAGUCACUCUGUAUGUUUGCCAAAUCUUCUUGCUGAUCCCUUGA